UUGAACGUCGUGGGUGAAGCGGUCUGUGCGAGUUCUCCCUCUCGCGUCCGCUCAGUGGCGCUUCCACAGCCGUUCCGAACGCGCGUGUUGUACCAAAGCCUCUCUCUCUCUCUCUCUCUCUCUCUUCAGAAACCUGUCUCGAACCACGCUUUUGCAGCGCCGCCCAUUCACUCUCACUUGCGGGGGAGAAUCAGUCGGAGGAAAAGACUGUUUGAUUCGGUCUCUAUUUCAUUUUAUAUUUUGGGAGAAUUGGAUCUGAUAUAUCUAUAUAUUUUUGAGGUUUUGUUAGAUCUCCAGUUUGUGGAUUGGAGUUUAUUGGAUGCUUUAUCGAGCAUUUCCUCUGCGUCUGUAUUAUUUUUGAGAAUUCUCCUUUGACAGUUUAAUUUGUCAUCUACAAAGAUCUCCCAAACAAACAAUUUAGAUAAAAAAAAAACUUCAGUAAUUACAAACCCCCAUUCAUAACAAGCGACUACAGUACAACAGCUUGUUUGUUCGUUACAACAACCCGAGAGGCUUUAAAGCAGAAAAGAAGGAAAAUCAUAAGUGCUAGAACGACUCGCUAACAGAGGAAUUGAAAGAGGAUCCCUGCCAGCAAAUAAGGCAUUUGAUUCUACGUGUUUUACUUCAACACAAACUACCUCACAGGAUACGAGACUAAGAUCUGCAUUAAAAAAGAGUGCAGGAAGGACUGUUUCCGGCGACACUGCUGGUCAAUGCAGCUUCCGGUGGCAUUAUCGUAAUAUGAUUGGUCGGGUGUCGGCCAUGCUCCACCAUGUGGCGGCGGCUUCACUUCUCCUCCUGGCAACCCCAGGCCUCGGAAACCUCAGUCCUCAACCCCUCCCGAGCCCAGUGAACCCUCCUUCCCAUCCCUCUGCCCCUGCCCUCUCCCCCUCUGCCCUGUCCCCAGAUCCUCAUGACAUAAUCCCCUCCCUGUCGCGUGACCAGCUGCCCGCCCCCUUGCAUGACACCGACAGCCCAGCGGAGCUCUUCGUCCCUAGUCAUGGUCCUUCUCAAGCCGAGGACCUUGCGUCGCCCCCCCGCACCGAAGACCCGAUCCUCGAGGAGACGGACCCUCCCCCCACCCCUGCCCCUGAGACGCCCCUGCCGCCCUUCGUCCCGUCCCCCGUCGACCCCUACCAGCCUGGCCCUGCGGCUGCCCUCCCCCACCACGGCGUCGGGGAGAGCGACAGCGCGACCGGCCCUCCGACCAACGCCCUCACGUCCUUCCUCCAUCUCGCCAACAGCACCGGCGGGUUCUCCAUCACGGAACUUCCCGAGCACAACGCCACUCUCUCCCACGAGGAGUUCAAUAGCAUCCUGACGCGGUUCAGCCUGGACGCUCUUCAAGCUACACAGAUCGCCGAGCGCCUGGGCAUCAGCGGCUCGGGCGUCGCGGCGCUGGAGCAACACCUCAUGCUCGGAGGGAAUCUGGAGGGCCCUGGAGGAGCCGGCGACAGACCCCACGCCCUCCCGCUGGACCGCAAUCCCCGGACGACGCCCCAGCGGAGGAGGGGCAACCAGGAGUUUUCGCGCGCCACCAAGAGGCUGUUCUUAGGCGACCAGUCCCUCUGCUACAGCGGGAGUUGCGAGUUCUUCCUCUUCUGCUGGCUCAGCGGGGGCCUGAUCGACGGCGGCUGCGGCGGCUUCCUCUUCGCCUGCUGCACGAGGCCCAACGACCGGGGGCAGCGCGGCCACGAGUCGUACCGCGACGACAAGACGGGCUUCGUCCCCGUCGACUACGGCCCCAUCAGGAACGACAGAGAUUGCGGACUGAGUGCCAGCAGCCGUUUGUCCGCGCAAAGGAGGAUCGUUGGAGGCACUGAAGCUGGAUUCGGCUCCUUCCCUUGGACGGCUUACAUCAGAAUUGGAUCCAGUCGGUGUGGUGGCUCCCUCAUCAACCAGUACCACGUGGUCACUGCUGGGCAUUGUGUGGCGAGGGCUCGAGCACAUCAGAUCCGGGUGACUCUCGGGGACUACAUCCUCAACUCCAACAAGGAGCAUUUCAACCCACGCGUCUACGGGGCUUCUGAAAUCAAGGUUCAUCCAAACUUCAAGUUCACGCCCCAGGCCGACAGAUUCGACGUGGCCGUGAUCACCCUUGACGCCCCUGUGGCCUACGAGCCGCACAUCCAGCCCAUCUGCCUACCGGAGAAGGGGACGGACUGGCUGGGGAGUAUCGCCUGGGCCGCCGGAUGGGGGGCGCUGCAGGCCGGUUCGAAGCUCCGUCCCAAGACCCUGCAGGUGGUGGACGUGCCCAUCCUGGACUCCCGCCUGUGCGAGGACUGGCACCGGCAGCGUGGCAUCAACGUCAUUAUUCACGACGAAAUGAUGUGUGCCGGCUACAACCAGGGCGGGAAGGACUCCUGCCAGGGGGAUUCUGGAGGUCCUCUGAUGAUCCAGGACGGCGGGCGCUGGUACCUCGCCGGCAUCGUGUCUGCCGGGUACUCGUGCGCUCAGUCCAAGCAGCCAGGAAUAUACCACAAAGUAUCCUACACGUCUGACUGGAUAUCCUACGCUGCAAGAAGCUGAGAGAGGCAACCGUCUUUCAAAAUAGUCCUAGGUCUUAUCCCUGGCCUCCUUGGGGCCUAUGCUAACCUGGGGGCAGUUAGGGAGGGGUCUUGUGUAUAAAGCCCCAGUAUGUGUGAACCUUUGCGUGGCGAUACUACUCAAAAAGAGAGAGAGAGAAAAAAAAAGAAAAAGAAUUAGAGAGAUUUUUUCAGUUCGGAUUCUCAGGCUUACGAUCCAACUCCAACUGUUUUGGACGGUAUGUUGUGUAUGAUUUUUGGAAUUAGAAUAAAAAGAGGAGGAAGAAAGAAAGAAAGAAAAAAAAAUCAGUGAAUGAAGAUUACGAUAUUGAUAAUGGAGAAAUGUCGGAGAUGAUUUUUUCUUCUUUUUUUUGGGUAGUGACGUCACAUAUUUGAAAAAACAAAACAAAAAAACUUUCAGUCAGGGAGCGUCUUUGUGAUGAUCAAGAUGGAGCCCACUUUCCCUGUGAUACCACCUCAUUAUUUUAAUGUAAAAAUAACUGGUGUUAUUCAGAUUAGCGUAGUGUGAACAUGAACUAAUAAAUGAUGAUGUAAUUAUGUAUCGAAUCCCAUGUACAGGAAAAUAUCCAUCCGGUUUCAUAAUUUUGAGGGGUCGUGGAUUUACAGUAGAAAAAAAGGAGAAAAUCUUGGUUCGGUACAUUAUAAUUGGGGGAAAAAUAUAGGGUGUUUGGUUUUAGAUUCAGUAUUAUGGAUUCAAUUAAAAUAAAGCCUCAGUGUAAAUCUAUUCGAUCAAUGUAGGUUAGGAUUCCAAAGCCACCGAUCCCGCGACCUGCAACGGACCUACUCAGGGGGAAUAUAUUUUUUUUAAUUUUCUUUUUUUUCUUGUUACUGUUACUAAUAGCUCAGACUCGGCAUCAGUCUUCCUUAUGUCUUCUGUUCCAUAGAGUAUAUUAGCUUGCCAAAGAAGUGAGGAAGAUGGUGUUCCCAUAAUAAUGAUAAAGAAUAGUUUGGGAAAUCACAGGACAAAAUAGAAAUUAUCAUUUAAAAUUUUGUCUUCUGGAUUUCUCGUCGGAAAAUCGUAGAAAAUGGACUGGUUUCCAUUUUUUAAAGCAGUGACUAUUAUUAUUUUUGUUUCAUUGUUUUGCGUGUUGAUUGUGACAGAAUCCACGCUGUUGACUUAUGGGGCCGCUGGCAGCUCCAUUUAAUUGUUUUAGUAGAUUAUUAGCAUGUAACUUAUCUAUUGCAGUAUAUAAAUGAUAAAUACACACGUUUUUUUCCUUGUGAAAAAAAUCAGGUGAUGAAAAUUAUUAAAAAAAAGAAAACAACAACCGUGUCAAAGGUAUGUGUUGUAUUGUAUAUUAUUAUUAUUUUUAGGUAUGGCAACAACAUACACAAUAGCUCACAUUUAUGUUUUCAGUGUGUAUUGUUUUUUAUUUAUUUUUUUAGUGGAAGACUGGCAUACGCAAAGGUGGCUGAUGGUUACGGCAGUAGGCUGGAGAUUUGCUCGAAGUAAUCCUCUCUCCACAUAUUAUCGUUAUUUAAUUUUUAAUCCUCUCUGUCUUUCACUCUUCGGUGAAAUAAACAAGCUGUUCUACGUUAUUAUUUUUCUCCUUGUUCAUCUUCGUCACUGCGUUCGCCGUCAGCUCCUUUGCAAUGCAAUUUUCCAAUUUUUCAUUUGGUUUAAUCGUCGUAAUGUAUUGUUUUUGUUGUCUCCGCGGGCUGGUUCCGCAAUGUAUACUUUAUUGUAUAUGAUGUGUAUAUACAAUAUAUUUUUAAUAUCUGAAAAGAUUUUUUAAAAAACA